AUGCAUCUGGAAACAUUCACCACCAACGAUGGCUGCAAGAUAGCUUACCAAUCCUCCCUGCUGUUGAGUGCUGCUGCGGGGAAUGCCUCAUCUCGCCAUUGUGUGGUGCUGAUGCAUGGCUUCAGCGGCUCCAGCGACUACUUCAACCGCAACAUUGGUCCGCUAAGCGAGUCUCUCUGGGUCGUUGCCCCUGACAUGCGCGGCCACGGCAGAUCAGACCGAACUCGUGGUGGUUACCACGUUGCCCGCCUGGCAGCCGACCUCGCCGGCCUUGUCGCUCACUUGCGCAAGGCGGUACCGGAUACCCGUAUCGUGCCAGUUGGCUGCUCCAUCGGUGCUGCAGUUCUCUGGACGUACAUUGAACUAUUUGGGUGCACCGAGUUUGCUGGCUUUGUCUUUGUCGACCAGGCACCAUUGCAAGACCGGUCGACGUUUGACGACUGGGACAAGUCCAAGGCACAUACGGGAUGCUACGAUGAAGCAACAAUGCUCGCGGCCCAGAAAAGCUGGAUCCAGGAAUCCAAGUCAGCACAUAUUGAUCUCGUGAAAGGAUGUUUGGGGUACCGGCAUGCACCGCAGCAGGAGGAUGGUGUUUCGGCCGAGCAAGCAGCGAGCGAUGAAGCCUUCUUCACGGAGAUUAGUGCCCUGUGCGAUCAAACGUGGCUCGCGCGGCUACUAGCAGAUCACACCCGAUAUGAUCACCGCGAAGCUAUAGAGACGAUCACAGUUCCAACGUUGGUGAUGGCUGGGCGACGAUCCGGAUGCUUCCCGCUCGAGGGGAUGCUGGAGACUGCCAAGCGGGUAGAGAAGACGAGGCCAGGACUUGCCAAGUCGAGCGUGUUUGAAUCCGGCCACUGGCUCUUUUACGAGGAACCUGAUAGGUUCAACAAGGAGAUUGACGACUUUGUCAGAUCGUGCUAG